UACAAAUAGUAACAUUCAACAUGAAUUCAAUAUAUCUUUUAUUUUUAAAUAGUGUUGUAGCGGUACUUUCAUUUAACCAGUUAGCUUUUGAUACUGAUCAAUGGAAAUCAAUCAAUCUUGGUGCAGAACAAUCAUAUAAUCAAGUAUUAGCACAAUACUUAAAUUAUUAUAGUUAUUUAUAUCAGCAAAAUUAUAUUUUAAAUAACCAAAAUAAUUUUAACAUCAAUCCAAUUUCAACAAAUUUUACAAAUACCAUUCCAAUAAGUGUACUCAAAAUGGUAAAUAGAUCAACAAGUGACAAACAGCCAACUGUAAGACCAUUAUUUCCACGAAAAAACAAAAUAUUGCUGCCUCAUAAACCUAAUAUAGAGCCAAUGAAACCAUUAAAAUCAAAAAAAAAGACCUAUUUUAUGUAAAUCUUAAAAUGAAAAUAGCAUUUAAAUAAUAAAUUUAU